CAAGCUGUGCGCGACCACACCCACUACUCUCCAGCUGGCGGCUCUGUUGCCUUAGCUACUAGCCCAGUAUGAGUCGUUUGCCCCGGGAUGCUCGUUUGUACGGCUCGGAUCCGAGGGAUAGCCAGCAGAUCCCAGAGCCGUACAAUCUCUAUCAGUUCUACUCUGCAUCAGAUGGUCCUUGGAUCCCCAACGGCGUCAUCCAGCCAACAGCAACGCUAAAUCUAUCAUCUCAUCCGCCUACUUAUAACACCGGAGCGAGGAGCUUUCAGGGCUAUAGGAGCACUGGCUUGCCAUCUGAAUGCGGCACCGCUGCAGAAGAUUCUGGUUAUGGAGGGACACGCUCGACAUACAGCCUCGUUGAGAGUGCUGCGUCCAUCGCAGAGAAUGACAGGGGCACGGAAACUGGGUAUCUGGGGAGACAAUCCGCAGAACAGCUUUUCAACGGCUUGAACAUCAGCCCCGCGAUUCCGACAUAUCCGCCGCCGAUACCAUAUUCUCAAAAUCAUCAUGUAGAAUAUCGUUGCGACCAGUGUGACGCCGCCGUCAAGACAAGAUCGGAACUCAAACCAUACAAGUGCAACUACGAAUCUUGUCCCAAAGCCACACAGGGUUUCAGCACACUCAAUGACCUGGCAAGACACAAGAGAACAGUGCACCGCGAAAUUGACCACAACGUUCCCGUCUACAUCUGUCGUCACGACCCUUGCACCCGUAAGAAGGAGAAGCCGUGGCCAAGAGCAGAUAACUUCCGGAGUCAUCUGGCACGUUCUCAUAACAUACACCUCAAAGCAGACCACGAUCUCAGGGAGUACCGCCAGCAGUAUGUUGGAGCAAAGCCCCAUGAGCCCCGGCACGAUAGAAACUCAGUUCCCAAAGUCAAUUCCGGACGUCGAUCAACGCAGCUGCAAGUUGCGCCUCCUGUUCAUCCCCACCCUGAUGUAGCUGCAAUCAGAACAGAAGCAACAGAAGCCCCUGAGCUCCGAGGUGUUGGAUCAUCAAUAGAAGAUAUUGACCCUGGGCCUCGACCGGCGCAGCUGCAAGACUCUCCCGACUUGCGGGAUGAUCAAAGUCCAGCUCCUCCCUCAGAUCAGGUACUCAAUGAAAUCCCGAACCAGAGCAGCUCGUCCUGUCCACCAUGCGGGGAGAAGGUGGAGCAGUCAAUUGCUUUCGAGGACCUGGAGCUGUCUCCAGUAUCGGGAUCCGGACCUCUCGCUAGCAAUCAGAUAGUCGAGGUGGUACCAAUGGGUCAAGCUUCCCUUGAAACUUCCGAAACCGCCUUGCCACGUGAUGGGACAACGCCAGAAGCAUUGGACCAAGACGAAAUCGAUUGUUCUGGAGAAGAGGAAGAACCACAAAACCACCAAGAAUCAUCGCUACCGAGAAUCGAGUCUUCCGAUGUGUCUCUCCAGCCCAAGCCCAGUGCUUCUGAAAAUGGCAUCUUCGAGGCCCAGCAAACAAUAGUUGCGUCAGAUGACGCUCCUGGAUCAUCUGACGAUGCGCCUGCCGAUACUGUCACCUUCAACUCGCGCAACCCUUCGGAGUUGUUCACAUUUCUCAAACAAGUUCCGAUGGACGUGGCCCUGAAGAAUGGAGCGUCAGACGUCCUUUCAUUCCUGAGAAACAUUCCAAAAGAUCUGCUGGAGAAGGCAUUGAAUCCUGAGGAUCAAGGAGCAACAGCAAGCACUCUCGCAGGUGAUGAAGGGGCUUCGCACAAAGGGACAGCAACGUGCACGGAACCAGGUUGUGGGAAAGUAUUCUACCGGCAAUGCGAACUCAGGAAGCAUAUGAAACGGCAUAAGAAGCCCUACGGCUGCACUUACAGGAUAUGCAAUAAGCACUUCGGUAGCAAGAAUGACUGGAAAAGACAUGAGAGUAGCCAGCAUUUCCAGCUCGAAUCCUGGCACUGCAACGUGGAGGGAUGCGGCAAGGUGUUGCCUCGUCGAGAGCUGUUCAGGUCGCAUCUCCUCAACCAUCACAGGCUCACAGAUGGUCAAAAGGUCGAGGACAAGCUGGAAAAAUGCAGACUGGGUCGGCACUGCGAUCCACGCUUCUGGUGCGGGUUCUGCGAUAAAUUUAUCGAAGUCACAGGGGAAGUGGUCAACUCUUGGACGAAGAGGUGCGAUCACAUCGACAACCACCUGUUUGGUAAAGAGGGAAUGCCAAAGAAAAGCAUGAACGAGUGGCGUUAUCUCGAAGACAAACUAGCAGAGGAAGAAUCCGAAAGUGCAAUAGUGGAGAGACUACCUGAACUGAGCAAGAAGCGCAAGGCUACAGAAGCCUUGGAUGCACGUCCGUCGAAAAAAACGCUCUACAGAUGGAGAUGUGUAAGUCUCCCACACCCUACCUAUCACGAAGCAUAG